CAGGACUGUCUUGAGUUUUUACACUGGUCUCUGUUUCUCAUAUAGAACAGGCUCUGUCUACCACCUUCUGUUAGUAAAGAAAUAUGGUCAGGUUUCCUUCCAACACUUCUGAAGUGUGUUGGUGUGAACUGAGGCUGUCUUAGUAAACAUCUCUGCAUUUUUAGAAUAGCUCCAUGUGUUUGCUAGUACAGUGAGUGAAUACUGUGGCACUGACAUAGAUUGAGAAGUUGCCACUUGUUUUUGUGCUUUGUACCAAUCGCUUAAAAACUGUAUACAGUAUACUGUAAACAAAGAGCAGGCAUUGGUAGUAUUAUUAAGAUUUUAAUUAACCAGACAACCAUCUCAUUGAGAAGAAUCUUCUUGUUUCAAGAACAUCCCGAGUAGAUUGGAAAUCAUUCACACAUUUCCAAGACGCAGAUUUACAAAAGCAGUCGGCAGUUACAUGCAGGUCUCAAACAAAGGGACAUGACAUGAGAUUACUGACAUCACAGCCAUUACUGUUCAAUGUCAAGGCUUGAUUUUAAGUUUGGUCUUUGUUUGUAGGUCGUGUCGGUACCAUGUGUCCUGCCUGUUUAGAACUGAACCUUUUUCAUCAGUAUGGGGAGUGCUUGUGUUUGCCGCUGCUUCCUGGAUCUACGUUUGCACUGCGUGUUGGCAUUCGAGAAAAAUACAAAAUACGGUCGUUAUACUUCAGAUUUGCUGGGCUGGCUCUAAAGCAUGGUUCAGUCGAUGUCUCUUUAACAUUGCUUUUCAGGGAAGCGUCUCACGACUGGACAGCAGUUUAUUGCUGUUGGCCUUUUGCUGUUUGUCAGAUGGUACGAGAACUAAAAACAAAAAUGAAAUCCCACAUCUUCCAAGUAUCAACUGCUAUUGAAAGCUCUUAAAUGUUCUAUGCUUGAAUAUCCCACACAAAUCAAAUGGAAGAAUGUGUUUCUCGCCUUGCUUGCCUUG